AUGGAUCUGGAUCUGCAUCAGAUUUUGAACCAAAAAAAUUUGUACAACAAUUUUGAACAAAAAAAAUUUGAUGAUGAAAAUGGAUCUGGAUCUGCAUCAGAUUUUGAACAAAAAAAAUUUGAUGAUGAAAAUGGAUCUGGAUCUGCAUCAGAUUUUGAACAAAAAAAAUUUGAUGAUGAAAAUGGAUCUGGAUCUGCAUCAGAUUUUGAACAAAAAAAAUUUGAUGAUGAAAAUGGAUCUGGAUCUGCAUCAGAUUUUGAACAAAAAAAAUUUGAUGAUGAAAAUGGAUCUGGAUCUGCAUCAGAUUUUGAACAAAAAAAAUUUGAUGAUGAAAAUGGAUCUGGAUCUGCAUCAGAUUUUGAACAAAAAAAAUUUGAUGAUGAAAAUGGAUCUGGAUCUGCAUCAGAUUUUGAACAAAAAAAAUUUGAUGAUGAAAAUGGAUCUGGAUCUGCAUCAGAUUUUGAACAAAAAAAAUUUGAUGAUGAAAAUGGAUCUGGAUCUGCAUCAGAUUUUGAACAAAAAAAAUUUGAUGAUGAAAAUGGAUCUGGAUCUGCAUCAGAUUUUGAACAAAAAAAAUUUGAUGAUGAAAAUGGAUCUGGAUCUGCAUCAGAUUUUGAACAAAAAAAAUUUGAUGAUGAAAAUGGAUCUGGAUCUGCAUCAGAUUUUGAACAAAAAAAAUUUGAUGAUGAAAAUGGAUCUGGAUCUGCAUCAGAUUUUGAACAAAAAAAAUUUGAUGAUGAAAAUGGAUCUGGAUCUGCAUCAGAUUUUGAACAAAAAAAAUUUGAUGAUGAAAAUGGAUCUGGAUCUGCAUCAGAUUUUGAACAAAAAAAAUUUGAUGAUGAAAAUGGAUCUGGAUCUGCAUCAGAUUUUGAACAAAAAAAAUUUGAUGAUGAAAAUGGAUCUGGAUCUGCAUCAGAUUUUGAACAAAAAAAAUUUGAUGAUGAAAAUGGAUCUGGAUCUGCAUCAGAUUUUGAACAAAAAAAAUUUGAUGAUGAAAAUGGAUCUGGAUCUGCAUCAGAUUUUGAACAAAAAAUUCAUGUUCAAAUUCGACG